AUGGAGAUGGAGAGACCUGAAUUCUGUACGGAGAACGAGGGAGAGAAGAGGGUCACGCGACUUGGAUUUUCUGAACUCGGGUCGGCUUUCUGGGUUCUCGAUUUUGGAUUGCUGGAGAUUGUGGGUUUCUUCGUGUUGAGGAAGAAGAAGAAAAAGACGCAGGGGUCUGGUAGCGUUUGCUACUACAGCAGCAUCGACCAUUCCGGCGACCAGCAGUAUGCAACAGUCGCCAGUCGACCAGCAGGCAGCCGCAGCACAGCAAUGAUCGGACUUAUAGUUGAAGAAAGAAGUAUGGGAGAUCACUCCAUUGAGAUUACCCCAAGAGAUGACCAAAUUCCACUGCUUCCUCAAACUAAAAAAGAUGAGAUAGAAGAAGGGAGGAAAGUGGAUCAUUUAAUCAACAUAAAUGAAAGAAUUGAUGAAAUGUUUGAGGAUUUAGACAAUUCAUCUAUUAAAUCGUGUACGCUAUUCAAAGUAAAUGUGUGGCAACGUGAAUCAAAUCCAGAUGCUUAUACACCGAAGAUGGUCUCCAUUGGUCCUUACCAUAAGAAGAAUACUCAACUUGGUCCAAUGAAAAAGUACAAACUAUUAUACCUACGACGGUUUCUUCAACGAAAUAAGAGACUUGAUGUGAAAAGUUACAUCAGUGAAUUGGAGAAAGUUAAGGAGAAAGUAUUGAAGUGUUACGAAGAUUUAGAAAAGUUUGGUAACGAUGGUCAUGAAUUUUGCGAAAUGUUGUUAUUUGAUGGUUGUUUUGUGGUUGAGUUUAUUCGAGAGUGUUAUGGAAUAUAUCCAAAAGGAGAAGACAAGAUUAUUAAUAUUAAUCAUGUUUACAUACUCCGAGACUUGAUGUUACUAGAAAAUCAACUUCCUUUCUUUGUCGUCAACAAGCUUCAUGACAUGACAAAGCAAGAUGAUGAAUUACCAUUGGCAAUACUGGUGAAUAAGGUGUUUACCUUUUUUGUUAACCGGCCAAAUAUGGACCUUGAAUCCCCUGAAAAGAUAGAAUGUAAUGCAGAAAAUAUCAAACAUUUACUUCAUCUAGUACACAUAGUUUCAUGUCAUGGGAAUCCCAUGAAAAAGUUAAACAAUAGCAUAAAGUGUCAAAGGGUGAUGCCAAAUGCAACAGAGCUUUCUGAAGCUGGAGUUAGCUUUGCAAAGGUAAAAAAUGUGACAAGUUUACUUAAUAUAAAGUUCGAGAAUGGAUUGAUGACAAUCCCUUGUUUUCUAGUCGUAGAUGGUACAGAAACUGUCCUGCGAAAUCUCAUUGCGUAUGAGCAACAAUCAUCUGAUGUAGAUCCUAGAUAUUUUAGCGAUUAUGCAACUUUCAUGAAUCAUCUUAUCGACUCAGACAAAGAUGUGAAUUUGCUUUUCCAGAAAGGAAUCAUAGAGAACUGGAUAGGAGAGGACAAAGAAGUUGCUACCCUCUUCAACAAAAUCGGAAAAGGAAUCACUACAUAUUCUAGCUUCUAUUACAAAGAAGAAAUAACAAAAGCAAUUGAACAUUGUGAAAAACCAUGGAAUAGAAUGAAGGCGAAUUUAAUGCACAAUUAUUUUAGUAGUCCUUGGGUAGGAGCUUCAACUGUGGCAGCCAUUAUACUGCUCAUACUCACAACUAUACAAACUAUUUUGACUUUGACAGGUCCUAUUAAAAAGUAA